AUGGGAGCUUUGCAGAUUGCUGGAUUUUGCAUGCUUCUCUUUCUCCUCCGCUCUGGAAGCACGCUGGCAAAUAAAGCCAGCCAAGAUGUGGACGAGUGCGUCGAGGGCACCGACAGCUGCCACAUCGACGCCAUCUGCCAGAACACCCCCAAAUCCUACAAGUGCAUCUGCAAGUCCGGCUACGCCGGCGACGGCAAGCACUGCAAAGACGUGGACGAGUGCGAGCGGGAAGACAACGCCGGCUGCGUCCACGAGUGCGUCAACAUCCCCGGCAACUACCGCUGUACCUGCUACGACGGCUUCCGCCUGGCCCACGACGGCCACAACUGCCUGGACCUGGAUGAGUGCGCCGAGGGCAACGGCGGCUGCCAGCAGACCUGCGUCAACAUGAUGGGCAGCUACGAGUGCUUCUGCCGGGAGGGUUUCUUCCUCAGCGACAACCAGCACACCUGCAUCCAGCGCCCCGAAGAGGGGAUGAACUGCAUGAACAAGAACCACGGCUGCGCCCACAUCUGCCGGGAGACCCCCAAGGGGGGCAUCGCCUGCGAGUGCCGCCCGGGCUUCGAGCUCACCAAGAACCAGCGGGACUGCAAACUGACCUGCAACUACGGGAACGGCGGCUGCCAGCACACCUGCGACGACACGGACCAGGGCCCCAAGUGCGGCUGCCACGUGAAGUUCCUGCUGCACUCGGACGGGGUGACGUGCAUAGAGACGUGCGCCGUGAACAACGGGGGCUGCGACAGCAAGUGCCACGACGCGGCCACGGGCGUGCACUGCAGCUGCCCCAUGGGCUUCAUGCUCCAGCCCGACCGCAAGACGUGCAAAGACAUCGACGAGUGCCGGCUCAACAACGGCGGCUGCGACCACAUCUGCAGGAACACGGUGGGCAGCUUCGAGUGCGGCUGCAAGAAGGGCUAUAAAUUGCUCAUCAACGAGAGGAACUGCCAAGACAUCGACGAGUGCUCCUUCGAGCGGACCUGCGACCACCUCUGCAUCAACGCGCCCGGCAGCUUCCAGUGCCUCUGCAACACGGGCUACACGCUGUACGGGCUCACCCACUGCGGAGACGUCGACGAGUGCAGCGUCAACCGCGGCGGCUGCAAAUUCGGCUGCGUCAACACGCCCGGCAGCUACCAGUGCACCUGCCCCGCCGGCUGCAAGCUGCACUGGAACAAGAAGGACUGCAUAGGUUGGGCGCCGCCGCGGGCCACCCUGGCUUGCAACAAGGCGGGCAAGAAGGAGAGCUGCGCCCUCACCUGCGCCUCCGCGGCCCGCUUCCUGCCAGAGUCGGAGAGCAGCUACACGGUGAGCUGCGGCACGCCGGUCGCCCGCCCCGCCGGAGCCGGCAACGGCAGCCAGCACUGCGCCGAGACCGCCGCCGCCGUCAAGCAGAAGGCUUCCUUCAAGAUCAAGGACGCCAAGUGCCACCUGCACCCGCGGGCCAAGGCGAAGCAGGACGAGGCCGGCAAGGCGGCGGCGCCGCUGCUGCCAGGCGGCGCGGCGCCUUGCUCCGACUGCCAGGUCGCCUUCGUCAACCUCAAGUGCGACUCGUCCAAGAAGGGCAAGGGCCGCCGGGCGCGCAACUCCGCCGGCAAGGAGGUGACGCGCAUCACGCUGGAGUUCGAGGCGGAGAUCAAGCCGGAGGAGAUCACAGCCGGCUGCAACCUCAACUGCCUGCGGCAGAAGGUGGAGAAGAAGCUCAAGGGGGCCAUCAAGGCCCUGAAGAAGUCGAUCAACCAGGAGCGCUUCCUGCUGCGCUUCGCCGGCAUGGAGUACGAGGUGGCGAGGAAGCUGAGCGCGGCGCCCGAGCGGCAGGAGAGCUGCGGGCCGGGCCAGCAGCGGCUGGGCCCCAAGUGUGUUAGCUGCUCGCAGGGAACGUAUUACCACGGCCAGACGGAGCAGUGCGUCCCCUGCCCGCCCGGCACCUACCAGGAGAAGGAAGGGCAGCUCUCGUGCGACCUGUGUCCCCGGAGCGACGCGUUCGGCCCGGCGGGAGCCGCCAACGUCACGGGCUGCACGGGUCAGUGUCCCCCCGGCCAGCACUCCGCCGACGGCUUCAAGCCCUGCCAGCCGUGUCCCCGCGGCUCCUACCAGCCCGAGGUGGGCCGGGCGCUGUGCUUCCCCUGCGGCGGGGGGCUGACCACGAAGCACGAGGGAGCCCUCUCCUUUCAGGACUGCGACGCCAAAGUGCAGUGCUCGCCCGGGCACUACUACAACACGAGCGUCCACCGCUGCAUCCGCUGCGCCCUGGGCACCUACCAGCCCGACUUCCGCCAAAACUACUGCAUCGCCUGCCCCGGCAACACCACCACCGACUUCGACGGCUCCACCUCCGUGUCCCAGUGCAAAAACCGCCAGUGUGGAGGGGAGCUGGGCGAAUACACGGGCUACAUCGAGUCCCCCAACUACCCGGGAAAUUAUCCCGCUAACGUUGAAUGCACCUGGAACAUCAACCCGCCGCCCAAGCGCAAGAUCCUCAUCGUGGUGCCGGAGAUCUUCCUGCCGUCCGAGGACGAGUGUGGGGACGUCUUGGUCAUGCGGAAAAACUCCUCCCCCUCCUCCAUCACCACCUAUGAGACAUGCCAGACAUACGAGAGGCCCAUCGCCUUCACGGCCCGCUCACGGAAACUGUGGAUCAACUUCAAAACCAGUGAGGCCAACAGUGCCCGGGGCUUCCAGAUCCCCUACGUCACCUACGAUGAGGACUAUGAACAGCUGGUGGAGGACAUUGUCCGGGAUGGCAGGCUAUAUGCCUCUGAGAACCACCAGGAAAUACUCAAGGACAAGAAGCUCAUCAAAGCUUUCUUUGACGUGCUGGCGCACCCCCAGAACUACUUCAAGUACACGGAGAAACACAAGGAGAUGCUGCCGCGCUCUUUCAUCAAACUCCUCCGCUCCAAAGUCUCCAGCUUCCUCAGGCCUUACAAAUAGCCCUCUGCACCCCACCACCUCUUGGGCCACCCUACAGCCAAGGAAACUUUCUUCUCCUUUCCUUCUUAUUUCAU